AUGGUCGGCGAUUACUGCUCUUUCUCUGGGAAUAAGACGGACAUGCACACCCAGAGAAACUCUAAAAACGGACUAAGUUGCAAAAUGGUGCUUCAAGCGGUCGGCAAAGUUCUCAGGAAGUCAAAGACCAAACCGAAUGGAAAGAAGCCUCCGGCGGAAGAGAAGAAGCAAUACCUGGAGCCGGAGUUCACCAAGAUCCGAGUGGUGGAUUUUGACUUGAAGGAGCUGGUGGUGCUGCCCAGAGAGAUCGACCUCCACGAAUGGCUGGCCAGCAAUACGACGACAUUCUUCAAUCUUAUCAACUUGCAGUACAGCACCAUCUCCGAGUUCUGCACUGGCGACAGCUGUCAAGCGAUGACGGCAUGCAACACAAUAUACUACUGGCAGGACGAGAAGGGCAAGAAGACCAAGUGCACUGCGCCCCAAUACGUCGACUUUGUUAUGAGUCUUUGUCAGAAACUGGUCACUGACGAGGAAGUUUUUCCCACCAAAUAUGGCAAAGAGUUCCCCAACUCCUUCGACACGCUGGUGAAGAAGAUCUGCCGGUACCUGUUCCACGUGCUGGCUCACCUCUACUGGGCGCACUUUAAGGAGACGGUGGCGCUGGAGCUGCAGGGCCACCUGAACACUCUCUACGCACAUUUCAUGGUUUUCGUAAGGGAAUUCAACCUGGUGGACCCCAAGGAGACGUGUAUCAUGGACGACCUGUCGGAAAUCCUCUGCGCCCCGCCGCAGCCCCCCUCGCCGUCGCCCGCCUCCUCACAAAACCACCUGACGGAGAGAUGA